CGACGAAGUCACGGAGAUGUGGAACAGCUAUCAGUAGCUGUGAGCGCGCCAGGAGCGCUGGGUGUGCGGUAGUGUUUCUCUUCUGUUGGGAGUCAGUGAAGAGUACCAACUCGCUCAUUGAGCCAAGAGGAGAAACUCAUUUCAACAUUCCGGGAUCAAACAUUUCAUCCAGCAGGAUGACGCUGCCUUCACUCGAUGCGGCUCGGAGAUCGCAGCGGCCAUACCGCUACGGAAUGAUCUUGUUGUGUGUGGGAGCGCUCAUAAACUGGCUCGGUCUCGCAGAGAACUACGUGGAGCCCGUCCGGUAUAUUGGAGUGGCCUGCAUAAUUGCGGGAGCCUUGCUCAUAUGCGCGGCUAUGUGCUGCUGGUUGCAGAGACCCUCCCCUGACCAUCCGGAUAACAUCAGUCAGGUAUCCGAGCUGGACCACCAGAUACACGUUAUCGAGGUGCCAUGUUCGUUGGAACCAAGUGUCAUCCAGCAAAAACCCCCAGACUACGAUACAGUGGCGGACGCACCACCCUGCUAUGAAGACGCUAUUAAACUCAGCCCAUCUCUGCUCCUGGCAAAUCCCACGGGUGGCAACUCACAUCGUGACCAAUCACAGCCCUCCACGCCAUCUACAUCAGCAACUAGCUCAGCUAGCCGUAAUGCAGUACGUGUAGAAAUCAGUUCGGAAAUCGGUCUAGCGGGUAAUUCCGAAUCCACGUCAAAUGUUAGCUCAGCGUGUAGUUCAUGCAGUAGGCAAACCAUCAGCAGACUUCAGCCAGUCACUGUUGAUAGACAUGGUGUUCCUGGUACUCCCCCGCCGCCGUACGCAGCAGCGAGGUGAUUGGUUAGGAAGCCCCAGAACCUGCCCUUAGCUGAAACGUAACGCGAUAAACCUCAAGAAGGUGUCUUCAGUAGAUCCAGCUAAAUGUGUCACUGUUUACACGCCCUCAAACUUGUAGCACUAAAACCCACUUCUGGAUGACGAAUUUCUACUGCAGCCGUCAACUGUGUGUGUAUUCUGUGCACACUCGCGAGAGGCAUCGUACCGUCAUCAGCCUCGCCAGGGUGGCUGUGACGUCUGAGAAAUUCCAGCGUCCAUGAAGCAAAGAGCUGCCGUGUUGUAUGUAAUUACACGUCGACUACCUGGUGUUAAAGUGACGUCACCAUAGCAACAUUUCAUGUAAAUGGUGAUCAUGCCCUCCAUUAAAGGCAUGCAUUAUAAAGACUGAACAAAUUAUGUGACUAAAAGAAAAUCUGCGUGUGAUACCGAAGUUAACCAUAGCGACUAUGUUCUUACGUACGUCCAAAUCAUUCUAAAAUGUUCUUGAUCUCUAUAAAAGUGUUCGUAUGCUGGAAUAUGUGUUGUAUUUUAGCAGUGGCAGUGUUACUGUCCACAUACUUCAAGUACAUGUUCGAGUUUAUUAUAGAGAAUGAACGUGGUGAAUAUUGUCAUCUAGAAUGUGACGCCGUGUAGUCCAGUAAAUUUUUUUACCAAUGGUUCCGAAGGACUUGUCUCCAUAUUCAGGAUCGAAAAUAUGCUUAACGAGCAAUAUCACUCAGAUUACUGGUUUCAUGCUCGUUGCUUGCUAACCUGGAACUGAAGAUGGAGGCAGUACAUUUCUCCGAAACGUGAACUUUUACCAGACUUUAUGGCGUCACAUCUCCGACUAUUGCAUCGUACAUAGUCACCGCUAUGAGGUCCUCACAUUUAACUAUGUGAUGUUCUUGACAUUCUAUUGGACUGAGUUUCAUGGACACUGCAGAUGUGUCUUAAUGCACGUAAAGGCUACUAUGACCUAUCGCACCAAGAGCUGUGUCAUAAAGAUACAGAAUGGGAAAAGUUCAUACUGAAAUUUGAAUCAAGAACUUUUGUGUGCAAUGGUGUACGAAUUAGUGUUCAGAAAGUACAGCUGUGAGACAGAUCUUAAAGAAACAUGGUUUAAUAAACGCCUAAGAAGAAUUUUGUGACUUCUUGUACUGUCUUCACUCCGUGUAUCUGUAUUCUUCGUAUGUACAAGAAAAAAAGACGUGCGAUUUCAUGAAUUUGCCAGUCCAUAUUUUACAUUUUCGUGAUAUUAAAAUUUUUCAGUGAAGUAGAAGAAGAUGUAGCAAAAGAGACUUGGGUACUGUACUCAGAAGACAGCAACCAUACAAAAUAUUUAAAAUUGUCAUUAAUUAAUUAAUUAAUUUACUGGCUCAAAUUCUUGAGUUUACUAAAAUUGUUUUGGAAUGUGUUAUAUUUAAUACUAAAAAAAAAAACUAAAAUACAGAGUGAUUCUAAAUUAUUGUCGGAGUUUUCGUGGCCUAUAAUUUUGAAACCUUGUGUGCCACGAAAGGCACGCAUGUUGAAGUUGUUUAGCAUUCAACAGUAUUGAUUCUGUAAGUGAUAAAACUUUUUGAGUUACAUUUUCAAAUUCUGUAAGAGGUUUUAUUUUGUUGAUUUCGGUUUGAAAAUUAUAGGCCACCGAAACCCCGACAAUAAUUUAGAAUCACUCUGUAUUUGUAUCAUUUGAUGAUAUAUGCCCACUAUUAUUCAGUUACCAAAUUAUCCUCGCAACCCUAACUUUAAUGUCUGUAUCUCCGGAAAAUGAAUGCGAUGUAAUGUGAUUCCAUAAUUCCACAAAAUUAAUAAAUAAAAAUUACAGUAGUACAACGGAAUAAUCCAAAAAGCGAACAUGGAUGAAGUUUAUAUUUCAGACGAAUGAAAUAACUGGUUUGUUCACGAAUAUCGGAACGGGGAAUUCCAUAAAGUACCCAUUUAUUUUGUGGUGAUUACGACGUUUGAUACUAUGAAAACAAUAAGCUAUCAGAAGUCCGCAUAAUAACACUACAUUCCAAUAUCUUCAUCUGUAAUCAACUGCAAACCCAUUGUGAUUUCAUUAGCCCUUAUCCAUUCUUUGUGUGUCUUGACAAGUCUAGCGCGAGCGGAAGAAUAUAGCACUGUUGUCACACUCUUAAUUGAGUCUCAGACGGCACUAUAUGCUGUCGAAAGCUCAAACGGUCAGAGUACAGCUAUGGAUAUCGUGGUAGAACAUACAAGUAAAACAUACAACUCAUGAAGCAGCUGGGAAACACGUGACUGUCAGCCAAUGCUGUUUCGAAGCGGAUGACGCUGAUAGAUGAGAAAUUAUCAAAUCCCGACCGGACUGUAGUUCUCACAUAUCGUGUAGUGUUUGUUAUUAUUCCGAAUAUACGUUCGUGGCUCAAUAUGAUAUAACAGACCUGUUGGUACUUAGCUCUUUCCAUUUGUGUGACAGAUAUAUCGUGUUUAGAAGUACAGCUUCUUGUCUGGAUGUGUUCGAUAUUUGAAAAUAUCAGCGAAAUAAGCGUCUUCUGCCAUUUCUAAAAAGUUAACAGUUAACUGGACAAUUAAAAUUACAGCAGAAUAUAUAAAAAAUCACCUACGAAAUCCGUGUAUACUAACAGGAGAAACUUUAUUUGAUCCUAAGAUCUGUCAUGGAAGUGGUUAACAGGGCCUCACGGAUCAUAAAGUUACAACAAUAAUUUUCUCAUGUACCUUCUUUUGUUAGGUGAUUUCUUCUUGAAAGUGUGUGGACUCUCGAACGAUUUUCCUGUCAAGUCCGGUUGACCCCCAAUACGUCAUUCACGGCUGUUCUGGGUAGAAAACAACUCUCAGUAGCUGCCGAGUUACUGACAUGUAUGAGAAUGUUGUACAAAGUAGUUGUGUCUAGUCAUGACAUGAUUCGGAAUAAUCAUGUACAGAGUCUACUUUUAUUUGGUUAUUUAGCAGCGCUGUAUCAUUUACCGAGGUUAUACGUCAACUUACAAUACUGGAAAACGAGAUUUAACGAAGGAGCUGAAAUAAAUUCAGACAUAAAACAAAUUCCGUAGCUUGAGUCCGCAAGCGAACUAUACCGACCGAGCGACCGCCGCUUGUCGGCGAAAUUAUUGCCAACUUUAGCGGAUAGAGGGUGUCACGUGGUCAGCGCAACGCAGGAAACAUCGCCUAAUGUAUGGCAUAAUAAUACUGACCACAAUAUAAGGUUGCCCCUACGCCUAAGCACCACAUUAGGAAGAGAAAGCUCCAGGCUAUGCAGAGGAGAAUGGCAGAUUUCACGCUCCGUCCACAGUAACCACCGAGUAAAUGUUUUGAUAGACCUCAGAGCCCGUCCGGAUGUGGUCCUGAUGACAAGUACGAGUAUAUGUCCGAUCCUGCAGGCAACGGACCAUGGGAACCUCAGGUCUUCUGGGGUUCUAACUCUCCUUGUAGGGGCUACUCAACUGUUUGUGCCUAUAUCUCGCUCCAAUGCCACAAGAUUAUUCAAUUUUACAUACAGAUAUCUACAAUAAAAUUCAUAUUUUCGUUCCAAAUCUGCAUAACAUGAGAUACUGUAUUAUAUGGUGCCCACAUUUCAAAAUUGUUUGCAACCGCCAUUUUUGUGUCACUGAAUAAAUAUAUUAAUGCGAACGCGACACAGUCCAGUUGUAUGAUAUUCUUUCGAAGUUUCGUUAAAUCGGCCAGCCAACUGAUUAAAGUUAUCAGCAAUUGGCAUAGGUCGACCAGAAUACUUUCCGACAUUUCGUUCACACCGAUUUCCUCCGUCUGACCUCAGUUCCUGCCCAGUGACAUGGUAGUAAGGUCUAGGAAUUGUUAACUGGAUGGAUCUAAAACCUCAAAUCCCUCAAAAUUAAACUUCAAAGAUUAAUUUCUACGUAAAUAGUUCUGUCGAAGCCUCCAGUAAAAUGCAUUUAAAAUAGUACUGUAAAGUACAAAAUGUUUUGCUGUGUGUGAAACGGCUUGUAUGUGUGUGUGUGUGUGUGUGUGUGUGUGUGUGUGUGUGUGUGAGGUUUUCCACAAGGCUGCACAGAGCAAUUUAUGUACAUAAAUAAUUAAUUUAAUUUUCUUAUAAGAGAAAGUGCAGUCUAAGCAAUUAUAAGAACUUCUAAAUUCUUUGUGUCUUUUCUCAAGAAACAGCUUGGAACGCUCUUUACAGGCACCUGCAAUAUCGAAUCGGCGUUUAUUUACUGAGUUUUGUACAUUAUAACUGUUACUCAAAGAUGGCAGAUGUCCACUUUUAUUUAUAAAUAAACAUUACUAAACAGUGA